AUGAAAAAACGUUGGGAGGGCUUAUCUUUUCCUCCCUUUGUAGGGGAUGGUCCUGUUGCAAGUCUUCGAUCAAGAGCUGAAUGCAGAUGGCAGCCCCCAGGCGAAGGAUGGGUAAAGUUAAACUUUGAUGGGGCAUCACGUGGCAAUCUGAGGCACGCAGGUAUAAGAUGCUCUGUUCAUAAUUGGGAAUGCAAAGAAAUAGCCACCCUUGCCUCCCCGGUAGGCAUCAAAACCAACAAUUGGGCGGAAUUGAUGGCCCUGGUGGAGGGUCUGCAGUUGUGUAGGAAAAUAAGAGUAAAAAAUUUGGAUAUUGAAGGAGAUUUGACAAUAAUUGUCAAUGCUCUAAGGAAAAGCAGUAUGCCUAACUGGAGACUAAACGAUUUGCUUUCAAAAGCUAUUGACUUAUGCAAAGUUUUUGAUAGGUUUACAGUCAAUCAUAUUUAUAAAAAAGGUAAUAAAAGAAAGGAGAGAAGGUAA